AUGGGAGACACUGGGCUUCAGCCCAUUGCGGUGGCCAUCACCAUCUUUUGCCCAUGUCUUGCAUUCGUUUUCGUGGUUUUGCGCACGUACAGCCGGUAUUUCUUGACAGAGACACUGGAUUGGGAUGAUACUUUGAUCGGAAUACCUAUGGUUCUCUCAAUUGGUUUGGCGUAUGUUACUACCGAAGUUGAACUACGCGACCCAGCUCAUGUACAACCCGAUCUAGCCCUCGUCAAAAACGCGGCCCUCUUCCUUUUCCUCCGAGUCGGCGGCUCGAAACCAACGCUAAGGAAAUUCAUCUGGGCACUUCUCAUCAUCAACAACGCCAUGAUGGUAGCCAUUUUCGUAGCCGACAUGCUGCAGUGCAUACCGAUACGGAAGACGUUCUACCCGACAAUCCCUGGCCAAUGCAUCUCGAUUGGGGACUUCUUCAUCGCCACGGCCGCGCUCACAAUUCUCACGGAUAUUUUGGUUCUGAUUAUUCCUGUGUGGCUGGUCGCUGGGUUGCAGUUGAAGUUGAGCAAGAAGGUGGCGGUAACGUUUCUGCUAUCUCUGGGGCUUGUGGUGACUGCGGUUGGUGCUUUCAGGAUGUGGUACUUGAUAGACUCAUAUUACGGUGCGCCGAACCCAGACGCGACAUAUGGCGUUGCUGGGACUGCCUCUAGCAUUGAGGUCAACUUGGCAAUCAUUGCAGCAUGUGGUCCAGCUUUGAAACCCUUGUUGCACUACUGGUUCCCGCGGCUCUUCGGCAACACGAAGAACGCCUCUAGUAUGGGCCCUAGCGGCUCCUACGGCCUUCGGUACGGGAAAUCUAUGGCGACGACUAAGCGCUCGACAAUCCACACAGUCCGCAACGGCAGUACCCCGCGUCAUGAUAGCUUCGAACUGCGCAGUUUCCCUAGAAAAAUGUAUUCGUGUAAGGAAAGAGGUGAUACCCUCAAUGACGACGACUCCGCAAAGGAUAUUGCGCUGUCGAAUCGGCAGGGAAUUAUGAGAAAGACGGAUAUCGACGUUAGUUAUACGUCUAUUGACAGUCGGCCAGAAAGCUGGCCGGUAACAGUGCAGGAUGAGACUGAUUUUGGCGGUUAUCCUAGGCGAAUGACCGGGAGGGUUACGCCGGAGAGGAUGGUUUGA